CGUUUGGCUGGUGCUGGAGCCGGCUGGGCUCCCAGCCCAGUUUUUUAUCCCAGCCGAACAGGGGCCCUGUUCGCUCCUCCCGUCGCCGAAAUCCCCCACCCCGCGCAGCCUUCCGUCGCCGACCGCCGGCCCCUCUCCCCACCGGAGCUUCCCCUCGCCGACCGUCGCCGCGCCUCCUCUCGCCGACAGCCCCUUCCCUCGCCGGACCCGAUCCCCACCGCAGCCUCCCCUCGCCGACUGCGCCUCGACUCACGACAUCCGCCGCGCCUCCGGCCUCCCCUCCCCGCCAGCUGCCGCGCCUCCCCGACGUCAGGUACCCUCGCCGCCACUACCCACCGCUCCUACCCUCGACGGCCGGAGGCAGCGCUGCAUCCGUCGCCGCCACGGCCCACCGCCCCUCCCUGCGCCUGCGAGCCAAGGUGCGACGGCGGCGGCCGCGUCGUCUCCCUCCCUCCACCCACUGCAGGAAUCCUAUUACAAAUAUAUUAUUUUGAGGCUGUCUGGAUAAGCUGGGUGUUUGGACAAAUCACCUCAAAAUAAUCAGGAUUGCCAAACACCCAGCUUAUCCAGAUAGCUGGCUUAUCUCAGAAUCUUGCUUCUCAGAAAAGGCGAGGUCCAGAUAAGCGGAAACAAAUAGGGCCAACGUAUGACGUGUUUGAAAGCUACAGUACGACACUCUUGGCAUUGGCAAUGAGGGGGAUCCCGCGAUGAGGACCUUGUUUCAAGCGUGCUACCACUACCGACGCCUCGCGUCCUUCCCUCGCGCUGCCGAAGCUGCCGCACCUGUAAGAGCAUACUGCUGGAAACAAUUUGAGGCCAGUGGCUAUGAGCCAUGGAGGAGGUAUAUUUCCACAAGCACCAGUAAGGUUCUACCAUGGGAGGCGUCAUCCCGUGAAACGCUGUUGAGGAAGAUAGACAGUGCUAUGAAGGAUGGCAAUGUCGAAGAGGCGCUGCAAUCAUUCGGAAACUACAAGAAGCUGCACGGUCUUCCUGAACCACAGGUACUGAAUAGCAUGAUUGUGUCGCUGUCCUACAUGUCUAGUCGGAGGUGGCUUCAGAGGGCAUUUGACAUGGUUCUCUCAGUUCAUCAAAUUAACAGCAACCUUCUCAACUGUGACUCCCUGAUGAAACUAGCGUUGGCACUUGCAAGAGAUCAGAUGCCUGUUCCAGCCUCCACAGUCCUGAGGAUCAUACUUGGGAGUGGAAAGCUUCCUGGUGUUGAUAUGCUGAGCAUGGUGUUUCUGCAUAUGUUGAAGUCACAGGUUGGAUCCUAUCUUGUCAGUGAUGUUCUGAUUGAGACUUGUGAGAGUUUCUUGGACCAAGUAGCAGAUAGACGGGAAAUGAAAAAACUGGAUCCAAUAAAAAACAGUGCCACCUUGUUCAAUAUGGUUUUGGAGUCAUGUGUGAACUUUAAAUACAUUAUCAAAGCCCAGAAAAUAAUGGAACUGAUGUCAGUGGUCAGAGUUGUGGCCGAUGUAAAUACAGUGGUGAUUGCUAGCCAUGUCUUCGAGAUGGUUGGGCAACGAGAUGAGUUGAUACAAAUGAAAAGAAGUAUCGACUCUUUAACAUCUUUGCCAUUUCUUCAGUACUAUCAGCAUUUUUAUGACAGUCUAUUGAGCCUGCAUUUCAAAUAUAAUGACAUGGAUGCUGCUGCAAAAUUUUUAAUCAAUCUGCAUCAGCAACGAAAACCUAGCGUUUUCUUUUGCAAUGGUUUACAGAAACAAGGUGCCAUACAAAUUGGUUCUGGAAAUCUGAAAACUGGAUAUAGGAUAAUGUUUGAUCCCGGAAAAGUUGACAGAGGUUUCAUUUUGGGUACAGAAAGCCAAUUUGGGCUUGUUGUCCUUACUGACGGAAAUCUUCUUCAUACUGAAAAGGCUCUUGCUAAACUUAUUGUAGGCUGUGUGAAAUCAAGGAAUAUGCAUACACUAUCUAACCUUUUUAUUAUAUUACAUAAAGAAGAUAUAGAUGUAAUUUCUCUUCGAGAUGUGGUUAAUGCAUGCAUUCAAAUGGGAUGGUUGCAUGCUGCUCAUGAUAUCCUAGAUGAUUUAGAGUCAGCUGGAAUCCAAGUCGGGAUUGCUAGUUAUAUUUCUCUUUUGAGAGCAUAUGAGAAAGAGAAUAAGUCAGAAGAAUUCAAUGGGCUUCUCCAGCAGAUACAAAAGAUUUCAUCUACCAUGGAUGAUAUUCGUACUAAUUCACCAUUUACCAUCAAGAACAUUGCCAAAAUAGUGAAAGAUGAAAUACCUCUCACUCAUUCAUCUCUGUUUGCUGCUUUGGCUGAAGAAAUGAAACAUUACAACCCUGGAGAGCACUUGACAUUAGAGUUCAAUAAUUCAAUUCUUUUCUUCUGCAAGGCAAAAAUGAUGGAAGAUGCGCUCUGCACAUAUAAGCGUAUGAGAGAACAAAAUAUCAGGCCCAAUUCUUAUACAUUUUGCCACAUAUUGUGCGGUUAUUCUUCAAUGGACAUGCAUAGGGAGAUUACCAUGCUCUGGGGAGAAAUAAAGCGCAGACUUGAAUAUGGAGAGCUAGAUGUGGAUAGGGACUUGCUUGAUUGCUUGAUUUUGGAUUUCCUUAAAGGUGGGUAUUUUUCUAGGGUGAUGGAGGUCAUUGGUUACAUGUCAAAACAUAAUAUUUACUGUGACAAGUGGAAAUACAAGCAUGUCUUCCUGAAGCUACACAGAAACCUGUAUAGGAAUUUGAACUCAUUGCAUGACAAAACUGAAGCUCAGAACAAAAGGAUUGAAGAUGUCCGAGCUUUCAGGUCAUGGGCAGGUAUUAGAUAAAUAGGGCUAGUGACCAUUUUGGUCCCUCAAGUUAGGGCGUCAGGUAUGCAUGCCCUGUCACUACUUGUUCAUCACCUCUCUUUGCUGACUGACUAUGCUCUGACAAAAAGUUCAAAUUACCCCUGCAUCCCAGUUGGUUCUGUCGAACCAUUCAAAUCUGUUGCAGUUGCCAAAUAGAUUGAUGCAUGGAGGGGCAGUAUUUGUAGCUAGGCUGGCUUGAGGUUGACUUCAAUCCUACGAGUUGAAUUCUACCAUUUCAAAAUGGUUGCCUUAUAUUUUUGGGGAUGUUGUUUGCUUUGAUACAACAUAUGGAUUCAAUAUCUAUGGACGGCCAUUUGCAUUGUUUGUUGGUGUAGACAACCACAAGCAGUUACUUGUGUUUGGUGCAGCACUACUCUAUGAUGAAAACAUUCAGUCAUUCAAAUGGGUAUUUGAGGUGUUUGCUGAUGCUAUGCGUGCUAGGCGGCCACAAACUAUUUUGAUUGAUGAGCGUCCUGAGUGUGCUGCUGCAGCAGCAGAGGUCUGACCUGGAAGCAACCGUUGCACAAGUGUGUGACAUAUAUACCACAAUUCAAAGAGGUACUUGAAGCAGGCGUUUGAAAGCUCAAAGAGUUUCAGCAAUGCUUUGAGCCAUUUUCUCUUUGACUAUGAGGAUGAGAUGGAGUUCUUGUCAGCAUGGGAAAAGCUAAUUGAGAAACAUGACAUUAGCAAGAGGUCUUUUCAUGGAGAAAGAAAAAUGGGCUUUACCUCAUCAGAGAACCAUCUUUUCUGCUGAUAUACUCACCACUCUUCAGAAGGAUAACACGAUUAAAGAACUGAAACGAGAGCUCAGUGAGCAAAGAAGAUAUUCUGCAGUUCUUCAGGCGUUAUGAUGCUAUUCUGGAAGAGCAUUGAUCAAAGAAAUUGCACGCUGGUGUUGAUGGCAGCCAGGUUACUUUGCCUAUCCCAUCAUUGCGAAUGCUAAAACAAUCGUCAAAUUCUUAUGCACCUGAGGCUUUCAAGAUGUUCCAGGGUGAGUUUGAGGCUUACAUAAAUUGCAUGUCCUACCCCUGUGGUGUGGUCGGCACAAUCUCGGAGUACAAAAUUGUGCUUGAUGAGAAGCCAUCAGAGAACAUUUUCAAAUUUGAUUGAUGCACUAGAUGGCUCAGGCAGUUGCAGCUGCAAGAAGUUUGAGGCUGUUGGAAUUCAAUGCUGUCAUGUGCUGAAGGUACUUGAUCUCAAGAAUAUCAAAGGGCUCCCAGAACAAUAUAUUUUGAAAAGAUGGAGAAAAGAUGCCCGUUCUGUUCAAAUUGGGGAGGAACCAACCUAUGGAUCUGGCAGUGUCAUGCAAUCAGCCUCAGAAGCCCGAUUCAAUAAUAUGUGCUGGUUGGCUAGCUUGAUUGCUUCAAGGGCUUCCAAAUCUGAGGAGGCAAUGUCAUAUGUUGAAAGCCAAUCAAGUGUUCUUCUGAAGCAUCUUGACCAAAGUUAGCUAAUACUCCCUCCGUCCAUUAAUCGGAAUCGUUUUAGACUCCUACGCAGUGACCAAGGAGCACUAAAAGUUGAGCCGUCCCGCCCCCUAGAAACGCCGUUAGCCUGCGCGGCGCCUGUAAUCACGAAAGAAAUUCAGUUGGGCGCCGCAUGCAGGCAUGCACCUCCCGGCUCCCGCGCCAUUUAGAAGGAAAUUCACAGGUCCACGCCGCAUGCAGGCAUGCACCUCUCCUUGCGCUUGGAUAACCCUCCAUCAGUUGCCGCCCAUACCAAAAAUCACCCGCCAAAAAUUGGCACCAAUGCAUCACGUCUUUUUGCCUCCCGCAACAAACGAAACACCAGUGCUUCAAAUUUUCAUUGCCCGCCAUGUAUGUGUUCGUUUUCAAGUUCCAUGGCCCGGGCCUAUAUAAGUUGCUUUGGGGGAUCAGCACCUCCAUGCGUUCUAGAAAGCUCUGCCCCUCAUCCUUUGCUUUCUCCGUCUAGACACCAAGAAUAAUGCCAGGACUAGAUGUUGAUUUGAACUUAGAGCCACCCGAAUCUGGCCAAAUGAAUCCCAUAGAUUGGGAUGACAUUGUAGAGUUUGAAGGCCCUGCUCAUGAACUUGAGUAUGACAUGGUUUGGAACGAUGGAAUCGAAGACCAAGCCGGUCACGAGGAUGUCAUGCAAGCAGAUGCCGUGCAAGCAGAUGGUGUGCAUGUAUCUCCAGACAUGGUCUCAUUAACAUUUCUGCAAGGUGCAUCAACAUUUCUGGAACGUGCAUCAACAGCAACAGUUGAAGGUUCUAGUGCCAACAAAAGGAGAUUCUAUUCGGAUGAUUUAAAGAUCUCCAUAUACCUAGAGUUAUUGGCAAAAACUGAUCCUCCUAUUUUACGUCGUGGGGUUUCUAAGGGAGUUGCACGUAAAUUUGAUGUGCCUCUAAGAGUUGUGCAGUCCAUUUGGAAAAAUGGACAAGCUGGUGGAAUAAAUGGUGUUGUAAACAAGUGGGCUAGGAAUUGUGGUAGAAGAAGAAUAGAAAUAGACAUGGAAUCCAUAAAAAAUGUGCCUCUUAGGCAGCGCACCACUUUUAAGGAUCUUGCUGAUGCAUUAGGUGUUAAGAAGAGCACACUUCAUAACCGUUUCAAAGAAGGCUAUUUUCGUCGGCACACUAAUGACCUCAAGUUUAGUUUGACCGAUGCAAACAAGAAGGCCCGCGUCAAGUAUUGUUUAUCCAUGUUGAAUGCUCAGUCUUUGUCUUUCAAGCCAAUGUACAAUGUCGUGUACAUUGAUGAAAAGUGGUUCUAUAGGACUCGUAGGAACCAAAAAUAUUACCUUGCAAAUGAUGAAGAAAGACCACAACGAACCGUUAAAAGCAAAAAUUUUAUUGAGAAGGUGAUGUUCCUAGCUGUGGUUACGAGGCCUAGAUUUGACGAGAAUGGUCAAUGCAUUUUUGAUGGUAAGCUAGGUAUUUCCCCCUUUGUCAAAGUGGAACCAGCAAAGAGGUGGAGCCCAAACAGGGAUGCAGGUGUCCUUGUAACACAAGCCAUGACAUCGGUGACAAAGGAAGUUAGCCGUGAUUUUCUUGUGAACAAGGUUCUACCCGCAAUCAAAGAAAAAUGGCCUGCUGAAGAGAAAGGAUUGCCCAUAUACAUACAACAAGAUAAUGCUAGGACCCACAUUGCUGUGGACGACCCUGCAUUUGUUCAAGCUGCUCAAGCAGAUGGUUGGGACAUUAGGCUCACAUGCCAACCCCCCAAUUCUCCUGAUCUGAAUGUGUUGGAUCUCGGUUUUUUUGCAGCAAUUCAGGCACUGUUUGAAAAAGGAACACCUAACAACAUUGACGGCAUUGUGGCAAAGGUUAAUCAGGCAUAUCAGGAGUAUCCUGUGCAAAGGGCCAACCGUAUUUUUCUAACCCAGCAGGGUUGCAUGAUGGAGAUCAUGAAGCACAAUGGAGGCCAACACUACAACAUUCCUCACAUGAAGAAGAAAACAUUGGAGCUGCAAGGAUGUCUUCCCACUACUCUGAGUUGCCCUUUGCAACUCGGCGGCGCGGCGGCCUCGCGGAGUAGAACUAUGUGAAAGCUAACGGGAGGAAACGGAGAGCUAUUUGAAGCAACGGAGAAAGGCGUCGCAUCGCAU